AAUGUUAAAGAGACGAUACUGAAAUUCAUCCCCGCCAUUUUAUUCAACUCAUUGCUUCGGUAACUGGUAGUAACUAGCGUUCGUGACAAUUUGAUUGUGAAGUGUAUUCAGUUUAUUUUUUAAUAUAAAAGUGUAAUAUUUAUAACGAUGUUCCUUACACGUUCUGAGUAUGAUCGCGGUGUAAAUACAUUUUCUCCAGAAGGGAGAUUAUUUCAGGUUGAGUAUGCUAUUGAAGCUAUAAAACUUGGUUCUACAGCAAUUGGAAUUGCCACAAAUGAAGGUGUAAUCUUGGCUGUUGAGAAACGUAUAACUUCUCCAUUAAUGGAACCAACGACAGUAGAAAAAAUUGUUGAAAUAGAUAAGCAUAUAGGUUGCGCGGCAUCUGGUUUGAUGGCUGAUUCUAGGACCAUGAUAGAUCGUGCUCGUGUCGAAUGCCAAAAUCAUUGGUUUGUUUACAACGAAAGAAUGACAGUGGAAUCGACGGCUCAAGCUGUGUCGAACUUAGCUAUACAAUUUGGAGAUAGCGAUGACGAUGGAAGUGCAAUGUCUAGACCUUUUGGAGUAGCAAUGUUAUUCGCGGGUAUAGACGAGAAAGGGCCACAAUUGUAUCACAUGGAUCCAUCUGGAACCUUUGUUCAAUUCGAUGCGAAGGCUAUUGGUUCUGGAAGCGAAGGUGCCCAACAAAAUCUUCAAGAAGUAUAUCAUAAGUCUAUGACAUUGAAAGAAGCAACAAAGGCAGCACUAACAAUACUGAAGCAAGUUAUGGAAGAAAAAUUAAACGACACUAACAUCGAGGUGAUGACAAUGACACCAGGACAACUGUUUCACAUGUUUACUAAGGCAGAGUUGCAAGAGGUGAUUAAAGACAUUGCAUAAGAUACUUAAAAUAUAUUAACAAAUUGUUACGAGUUGGAAGAAAUGCAUUUUUAUGCAAGUAAUGCUACAAGUUGUAUUUACAGUUUACAUCUGGUAUGUGUGUUUCUAUGCUAAGCAAAGUUUUCUUAUAUAACUUUUUUUUCUUUUUCGAGAAGAUUAAUAUAAGAAGAGGAUCGAAUAA